UGUGUGCGUGUGUGUGAGGUACAAAGUUCUUCCAGACUUUCAGCGCGAGCGGGGAAAGUGCGAGCGCGCUGCCUUCUGGACUGCGCGCGCCUGCGAGCUCGCUGGAUGUUUGUGUGAGCGGCUGUACGAUCCUCGGCAGUGUUUCUGAGACUGUAUAGCCGGAGGUUUUUCUGAUUUUCGCCUCGCAGUCGGACUUUAUUCUUCUCCGAGCGCAGAAAUCGAGGCUUCAGAUCUUGUUUGCUGAGUCGAAGCGGCGCCUUUAAACCUGUUGAUCUCGCUUCGCUCCCACCGAGGAACUCCAGCCACGACCGAGCGGAGCUGCGCAGAGAUGACGGCGGAGAAAGACAAGAAAAGGAGCACUUCAGAGCGGCGGAAGGAGAAGUCUCGAGACGCUGCCCGCUGCAGACGCAGUAAGGAGACGGAGGUGUUUUAUGAACUGGCCCACCAGCUGCCUUUGCCCCACAGCGUCAGCUCUCACCUGGACAAGGCUUCCAUCAUGAGGCUAACCAUCAGCUUCCUCCGCACACGCAAACUCCUCGCAUCAAGCUGCAGUGUCAGUGAAAGAGAAGCAGACAGACAGAUGGACAGUCUUUACCUGAAGUCACUGGAAGGCUUCGUCUCUGUGGUAACAUCAGACGGAGACAUGGUCUUCCUAUCAGAGAAUAUCAACAAAUUCAUGGGUCUUACACAGGUUGAACUGACUGGACACAGUAUCUUUGACUUCACUCAUCCCUGCGACCAUGACGAAAUCCGAGAGAACCUCACCCUCAAAACCGGUGUUGGCAAGAAAGGCAAAGAGCUGAGCACGGAGAGAGACUUCUUCAUGAGAAUGAAAUGCACAGUGACGAAUCGAGGGCGCACCGUCAACCUCAAAUCAGCCAGCUGGAAGGUCCUGCACUGUACGGGGCAUCUGAAGGUGUAUAACAGCUGCCCACCGCGUGUGCUAUGUGGCUUUAAAGAGCCGCCCCUAACCUGUGUGGUGAUGAUGUGUGAACCCAUCCCUCACCCCUCCAACAUCGACACACCGCUCGACUGCAAAACCUUCCUCAGCCGACACAGCAUGGACAUGAAGUUCACCUACUGCGACGACAGAGUGACUGAGUUGAUAGGCUACAGUCCUGAAGAUCUCCUGGGUCGCUCCGUGUACGAGUUCUACCACGCUCUCGACUCGGAAAGUGUCACCAAAAGCCACCAGAACUUAUGCACAAAAGGGCAGGCAGUGAGUGGUCAGUACCGGAUGUUGGCCAAGCAUGGGGGCUACGUUUGGAUGGAGACGCAGGGCACGGUCAUCUACAACAGCCGCAACUCGCAGCCACAGUGCAUUGUGUGCGUCAAUUAUGUGCUGAGUGACAUUGAGGAGAAGUCCACGGUCUUCUCCAUAGACCAGAACGAGUCUUGUUUCAAGACUCACCAUAUGAGCAGUUUCUUCAGCCAGGCCGGAUCUGCCAGGGCCAACGACACCGGCGGAGCUCUCUUCACCAAACUCAAAGAGGAGCCUGAGGAUCUAACCCACCUGGCACCCACACCCGGAGAUACCAUUAUUGCUCUUGACUUUGGUCGUCCUCCAUAUGAAGAUUACCCAGUAUGCAAAAAAGUGACUGCCGCUCACUCAGUUGAUGAGGGCCACAAACCAAGCUUUGCCAGAGACAGACCCAACAUGGCCGCCACCUUCUCCGUACCUCAGGCUCCACCUCCCAGCAGUGCCACUCCCAGCCUGAGCAGCUGCUCCACACCAAGCAGCCCAGGAGAUUACUACAGCUCAGUGGACAAUGACCUGAAGGUGGAGCUCACUGAGAAACUGUUUGCUCUGGACACACAGGAGACAAAGACCUCCUGCAGCCAAGAGACUGACCUAAGUGAUCUGGAUCUGGAAACGCUGGCUCCUUACAUCCCGAUGGAUGGCGAAGACUUCCAGCUGAAUCCCAUCUGCCCGGAGGACACUCCAUCAGAGGCUGCUGCUCUGGGGGCCUUUCAGCAGAGUUUCAGCAACAUUGCCAGCCUCUUCCAGCCCCUAAACUCUCCUACACCCGGCCACUUUCAGCCUAGCCUGUGCUCUGCAGAGGAGAAACAAAGGCCCAGUGGUGGCUCUGUGGACCCCUGGCCUGCCAUAGCGUACGGCGGCCCCAUACAACUCCCCCCCUACCAUGACCCAGCGAGUACACCUCUUUCUUCUAUGGGUGGGCGUCAGAAUCUGCAAUGGCCGCCUGACCCUCCGUUAAAUUAUGCGAACGCCAAAGCUAGCUUGAUAGACUCUUUGGCUACAAACCGGUCCUGCCAAGCUGUGCCAGUGAGUCGGAUGCCCCUCCACAAGCAAAGGUCUGUGGAGAAAUUUGGGCCUAGCGAGGCCUACAGAGACAUGAGCCCAGCUCGGCUCGCAAUAGCAAACAGCAUGAAGCGCUCAUUCUCACAGAUGACCAUGGGCGAAGCGUCUGCUACUAAGCCACCAGAGAUGAUAUGGAAGAGGAUGAGGAAUGAAAGCUGUGCCAUCUUGGACAGGAAGUCUCACAGCACCAGUGCCUUAUCAGAUAAAGGCAUGGUCCCACCGGGUGGCAUGGACCACCAGCACAGGAAAACCCUGUAUCCACGUAAUCAAAUAGGACUGGCAGAAAAGCUCUACCCAGAACAAUACUGCAACUACAGAGAAUACAACAUGCUACCCAGCACAAAAAUGGAAGGUGUAGCGAGCCGUCUCCUCGGGCCCUCCUUUGAGACGUACUGUCUGCCCGAGCUGACGCGUUACGACUGUGAGGUCAACGUCCCUCUGCAAGGCAACCUGCACCUGCUGCAGGGUAGUGACCUACUGCGGGCUUUGGAUCAGGCCACCUAGACUAGCCUUCACCCCUCCCAGUGCCAUUAACCCAGCUAUAUCAGUCACUCUACAGCGUCAUCUACCACAGGCCUGAUCAUCAUACCCACUGGCUAAUGCAUACGCUAUACCCCACCGUAUACAACAAGAACGUAGCUUUGAUUCUAUUUGUAUUGUCUUCAUCUUUAUAAAUUAUACACAGUGCUAUAUAUACAGUAUAAUAUAUUAUUUUUAGUUACAAAAAGCUCUUUCUUAAUGAGUUGAAUUUUUUUGUAUUAGUUUAUGUUCUGUUGCAGAGCUGUAUUGUCAUUGGCAUAUCUGUUUCUUCUUCACUUGUAAGCUCGUUUUCAGCGCGUUUCUCUCUUGUCUGCCUGUCAGGCAUUAAAAGCAGCAGCCUACUGUCUUGAAGAAAGAUGAUCUACUGUAAGAAUGUUAUUUGUUCUCUGACUUUUGUUUUUUGUUCCCCUCUAACUUUCCUACCUCUGACACCUUAAGCCUUUUACCUGUCAUAUUUAUGCAUGUUUUAGUGCCUUCUCUUUUCUGUUUGCACCAGUGUUGCACCUGUCUCCUCUUUUCAUCAGUUUCUCUCUCUUUCUCUCUCUCACUCUCUUUCUCUCUCUCUCUAGCCAUUGCCUUUUGUGUGGUGACCACUCUAUAUAUAUAUUUUUUUGUCAUUUUAGCUGUAAACACGAUAUUUAAAGGAAGAGGCUCUAAAGUUUCUACUAUAAAUUUCUCUAUAAAGUUAGAGUUGUAGCGCUCAAAUACCUGGGUACUUUGUCUUAUCUACUCAGUAGAUGUGGAUCGGAGUGCUGAUUUUAAGCGGUCUGUAGUGCUGGUAUCUGUUCGUUCCCUUCUAGUGGCAUUUUUUUUCCCCUGUAAUAUGCAAAAGCAUAUUAUAUUUUGUUGGCAGGCCAGUGCAGUUUUAUUCUUGCUCUAAUAAGAGAAACAGAAAAAAAACAUCCUAGUGAAGAGAUAUGUAGAAUAAAAAUGGUUCUGCUAUUGAGAUGUAGCAAAUUAGUUAUUUUUGAGAGUAACAUAUUAUAAUCGAAAUAAUCACUUUUAUCAUUUAUUAAAAGAUACGUACACGACCAGUUUGCGUUCAAAGAAACUGCCUUCAGUGUAUCCAGUUUUAACAGUAUUUCUAUACUUAGUAUACCAGCUGAGAUUGUCUAUAAAGUUGAAUCACUGUACAUUGAUGAUGACUUAAAGGGGAAUUCCACCAAUUUUUUUAAAAUGUCUGUGUAAUUAAAUGGUUAAGAUGUGAACAAAGUCAUUUACUGUGGUUUGAUGUUUAAUGCUCCAUUCUAGAGAAACUUACAGAGUUAGAAUUUUUCACAGUGGUGGUUAUAGGAACCAGAUAUCCGAAGAGUUUAAGAGGUAGCCUAUAUGCAGGGCAUUGUAAGGCAAAAAAGUCUGCAAAGAAAAUUCUUUUUUUCAGAUUUAGCACUAUUUCCCCAUUAUUAAUAUCAACAUGCCCUGGGGCGGCAGAUAAAAAUUUGACAUUUGGCUAAAUCUGGCACAUUUACAUUAUGAAAUAGUGAUGCUGAUUAAUGUAUAUUGUUCCAUUAAAUAAACCAAAAAGUAUUUAUUAUUAACGUUACAUAAAAUAACUCUAGUAAAUAGAAAACUAGUAAAUAAAUUGGCUAUUUUUGCAUUAUAGACAAAUCAAUCUGUAUAACUUUGUUUACCUCACACCUUUGAAUUACAGAGAUUUUUUUAAAUAUCAAUCGAAUUCCCCUUUAAUGUCUAAAUGGUCAGUUCAUCACUGAUGUUUUAACCAUGCCCUUCAUAUGCACAGAUGUAAAUGUUGGCUAUCUAAUCCGCUCUUUACACACACACACACACACACACACACACACACACACACACACACACACACACACACACACACACACACACACGCGCUCAUGAAAAUGUAUCCUUGUUGCUAAUCCUUUACUUGUCUGAUGCUAACCCCAUGAAGAUGAAACGGCUGAGAUCCAGUCAGGGUCUGAAAGGGUGAAGUUAGGCUUUUGUGCACAGUCCAGUCCCAGCCUGACAUUAAACUGGAGAUGUGCUGCUUUGUGAUGGCUUAAGUAUCUGAAAUGCGCUUGUCAGACAGUGUGGGCACACAAGAGUGAGCAAGACCAACUUAAUGGAAAGUGGGUCCCUUUUUUGCUCAGGUAAUUCUGCCAUUAUCUGCCAUUUAUGGAUUGUAAUUUGUUCAAAAAGAACAUUACGGAAGGCUGCAGCUGAUAACGUGAGUCAACUGCACGCUGAAAGAAGUGAUGCAUUCAAAUGUGUACAUUAUUUCUAUUUCUAAAAAAAUCACAUCAACACCAACAUUAAAAUUAUAAAUAUAUUUUAAAUUUACUUACUUGUAUCAUUAAUUGUGUUGAUGUAAUAUAUUUUAUUAUGUGAAAAUGAUGUACAACACAUUUGUUUAUCAUUUUGAUAAGACAUGAGAUAUUUCCCCUCUAAACAGUGACUCGCUUGACCACAGUCUGACUGUUACAGCGCUAGAGGCUGUAGUGUUUAAUUACGGCUAAGGUGCUGAUUACCAGUGGAGGGUUGGCAGAUUGUUACUGGCUGAGUGCCAGUGGAUGACCUCUUACCUGAAGGCUACAAAUCCUAACAUCUUUCUAAAAUAUACUGUUCAUCCGCCGCAUAUGUAGCUUAUGGUCAGUUACCACAGACAAAUUUCCCUGUAUUUAGUAAAAAAACAGAAAAUCUGUUAACGUGAAACCCACUUAUAUUAGAAGCCAAUGGGCAGGUGCUGAAGUGAGCUUCAAGUUAAUGGGUUUUCUGUUCAUUUACUAAGUUAAGGGAAGGUGUUGUCUGCAGUGAUCGAUGGUUCAAUAGAGAUUAGGUUGACAAAUGCUGGAGUGUUCCUUUAAAGGGCCUGCAUCCUACAUUUCUCUGGUGACAUUUCAUUUUGAGUGGUCCUUUUUAGAUGAAACUAAUACUCAACAGACUAAUGGAAGUAACAUAUUAACAAUACAUCUACUCAAUGUAAGUAAUGUAUCAACAGAACAUCUACAAGAUAUUUACUUCCAUGUAUUUAGAUGCUGCGCUACUGCUACUUCACUGAUAUGUUGUUGAUGUAUUACAGAUACUCUGUUAAGUGUUUAUUAAUCGUCUACAAAGGACUACUACAAAUAAAGUGUUACCAUUUCUCUUAUUUCUCUCGCUAAGGUCAACUUAUGACCUUAUGUUUGUGUAAUAUGUACCAAAAACAGUUUAACGUGAUCAUUUUCCAGCCUCUGUUUAUUAGAAUUCAGCAGUUUUUAUAAUAUCAGCCGUUUUUGUAAUAGCGCCAUUAAAACUGAUAUAUGUGAAUCACCCCUGUUCUGAUUGGCUGCCCAAUCUUGUGCCUUGUUCAAAAAGUGCUCCAGGUUAAAACACUCUUUAUAGCUUCAGUGUGAAAGGGCGGGGUUGUAGGCCGAAUAUGAGGAUAUAUGUAAAUGCACAGUUUUUGUCACAUUACAAAAACAAUGAUUUCAAAACAAGCUGUUUUUUUGGCUUAGUUUUCAUAUAUGGACUGUAUGGACUGGGGAGUGAUAUGUUUUGAUGUUUUCAUCAUUUAUGUAUUUUAAAAUGCAAGGAAAAUUUGGUUUUCCAUUGUAUGGGCCCUUUAAAGAUUCCCCCCUCUUAUCUGAUGCAGUGUAGUUGCUGAAAAGACACAAUAUCAGGCCAAUGGGAGAUAGAUGGAGAGAGAAGUAAUUUCCCUACAGUGAGUGAUAGAGAGGGAGCUGCUCAGCCUGCCCACUGAAGCAGAUUUCUCUUCAAACUUCUCACUCUAUCUCUGUCCCCGUGCUGUGAAAUGACAAAUUUAUUUAUGAAGUGCUCCAACAGGAUUAGGAGUGAAUAGAGCAGAAUAGCUGAAAAACACCAGCAUUAGUGUUUCAGCAGAUAUUAGACAUUAGUGAUACCGCUAGAGUUUAAGGUGUCGCUACACACCUGCCCAUGUAGUGUCUGUUGUAACACAAAACUAUUCAGAAAGAAAUAUUCAGAAUCAGAAAACACUUCAUUCUACAGAGCAUUAUGUGAUCUGUAAAGAUGCACAAGUGUGGCCAAAGUAUAGCAGUAACACAAACCUGUCCGAUACUCUUGAGCCCCAAGUUUAUUUGAGAGUCGUGUAUUCGCAUGUGAGGAGAGCAGCGGUAAGUCCAGUCAUUCAACUAUGGAGGCUACUCACCAGUAACUCUAGAUACAGUGAUGCACGAAGGGCAAAAAUAACCUGUACAUUACAUUUUAACGUUUGUCAUCUGUAUUAACAUGUGUGACCUGUUUCAACUUUAAAGACAAUAUCAGCAAACCUUUGAAUAUGUCAUUUCCUUGGACAGUCUGCCUUUAUCCAAUUAAAGUUUUGGAUCGGUUAGUCAAUCCUGUAUUUUCAUAUGCUAAAUUAAUAUUGACAUUAUUAUGAUAUAUUAUUAUUGUUGACAUUACUGUAUGGGAAAUUUUACCCAAUAAGAAGUUGUAUCUCUGCACUGAUAUCUUAUUAAAGCAUAUUGAUCUUCA